AUGACCUUGAUUCGUGCGCAAGGGAUUCACAGCAUCAUGAUCUGCUUUGUUCUUGGCUCCGCGGCGCGGUUUUUCGAUCAUCGGGGCGUCUACGCUCGACUGCGGGAAGCGUGUCACCGUUUGUUGUUUUUCUUGGCCACCGACGCCCUCCCACAUGAUGACGGCCUGCUGAAGACCAGAACAGGUCCGACGCACCUAAGCAACCCAAAUUCUGCGAUCGGUCGUGGCGUGGCGCAGCUGUCCACGCAGCGAGCGCCAACAGGCCCCUCCGCAUCUCCAUAUGGCGGCGGUUUCUCCCUCGUCUUCUCAGUCAUCAGAUCGCGUGUGACGAUGUGCCACAGUGCCACCCGGGAGUGUCAUCUUUCGCGUCUGACCGGAUGCGCUGUAGGGAUGCGGCUAUACACGCCGUCGCCCGCUUCUGUCACCUCAUCUGUCGUUGGCUGGGGCUGGGCGUCGUGCGUAGCACGCCUGCCGUACGCUGCCUCGCCGCAUCUGUUUCCAUCGCCCUCCCACCCCCUGUGCGCAUCGAAAGGACAACAAACUGUUCGCGACACAGGAAAUGGCUCGCCUUGGCUAGCUCGUGAUUCUCGCCGCCUGCCCGUGCUUGACGCUCAGUCGGCGCGAUCCCGCUGGCCUGAGGUUCCUUGGGGCCCACCUGCAGGAAUCUCGACGGAUCACCUUCUCUUCGGCGAAGCCCACCUUCUCCUGUCCAAUCCAAGCUCCGACACAAAAGGCCCAGGUGCGUAUAUGUACUGGUCCCGCCUCGCCUCUGAGACGUCUUGUCACCGACGAACGACAACACCUGCCUCGGCGCCUCUCCGCCCUUGCGUUGUGCGUGGAUCUCCAAUCGUGCCGUGA